AGGAGGAGGAAGAGGAGGGAGAAUGAGAGGAGGUGGACUCAGCGCGGAGCAACCCACUCCAUCUGGAGCGCAAAGCGCACGGAGUCAGCAAACCUGCUGCGGAUUAUUGCGUAAAUCUAGAAAAACAAAUAAUUUCACGCUGACAGAAACUUCAUUUUUAUCUAGGAUCUGACUUUUUUAAAUGACAUGUUGGUGCAAAUUUCCUGUGGAGUCUGUCUGUUCCUGUGCUGCGCUCUCUUAGACCCGGUGUUUUCGUUGCAGUUCCAGUGUGACCUGAUGCUGGAAAUAGAGAAAGAGAGGAGCAUCUGCGAGGCUCAGAUUGAAAACAAAACAACAAGCUGCAGCGUGGAAUGGGACAACAUCACCUGUUGGCCUGGGGCUGAGAUUGGGGAGGUGGUUACCAUUCCUUGUCCGAAGUAUCUCUUCUAUUUCUCGAAGGACAUGCCACCACGUAACGUGUCAAAGAUCUGCACCGCAAAUGGCUUAACCCCCAUCCGAGUGGACUACGUUAGGGAAUGUGGUUACAACCCUAACAACACCGUGGAGGAAAACUCAGGGAAAUUCUACAGUGCCAUUAAAGUGGGAUACACUGUUGGUCACAGCGUGUCACUCAUUUCUCUGAUGAUCGCCAUCUCUAUAUUGUGUCUUUUCCGGAAGCUGCACUGCACAAGGAACUACAUCCACAUGCAUCUGUUUGUGUCUCUCAUCCUCAAAGCUGUGACGGUUUUCAUCAAAGAUGUGGUUCUGUACGAAGUGGGGGAGACCGACAACUGCCAGGGGUCGGUGGGCUGCAAAGCUGUGGUGGUCAUCUUUCACUACGGGGUCAUGGCAAGUUACUUCUGGCUGCUUGUGGAGGGCCUCUAUCUGCACGCUCUGCUGGCCGUCUCCUUCUUCUCUGAGAGAAAGUACUUCUGGUGGUACAUAGUGAUUGGUUGGGGGGUUCCGACAAUCUUCAUAUGUGCAUGGGUGAUUACAAAGGCUUAUCUGGAUCAUCCUGGAUGCUGGGAAACAAUUGAUGACAAUCUUUGGUGGAUCAUCCGAAUACCAAUUUCCCUCUCUAUCCUUGUAAACUUCUUGCUCUUCAUUUGUAUAAUCCGGAUAUUGCUUCAGAAAAUGAAUUGCCCUGACAUCGGAAGGAGGGAAUCCAAUCAGUAUUCGAGACUGGCCAAAUCUACACUUUUGCUGAUUCCUCUCUUUGGAGUCAACUAUAUAUUAUUUGCUUACAUUCCUGAAAAUAUGCAUGUCCAAGUGCGAAUGGUGUUCGAUCUUGUCCUGGGCUCAUUUCAGGGGUUCGUGGUGGCCGUCCUGUACUGCUUCCUAAACGGAGAGGUGCAAUCGGAGAUUAAGCGUAAGUGGCGCAGGUGGAUGCUGCAGAGGUUUCUGGGGACCGACGCUAAGUACCAGCAACCCUCAAUGGGCAGCAAUGGCAACAACUCCAGCACCCAGAUCACCAUGUUGACCAGAUGCAGCCCGAUAACACGACGGGCAUCUGCUUAUCAGGAGCACCUCUCAGUAAUAUGAAAUGUUGGUUCUAUAUCUCUUCUUCCUGUGUACUAAGUGUACAACUUGCAUGUCUUUUCCUGUAAGAAAUCUUCAGGCAUUCUCAUAUUAGCCGAUCUAUAUUACGGCUGAGAAGGUUUACCUCCACAGAUGGAUGUGUCCAGCUGUUGUGGUCAUUCUGUUUUUGUACAAUUAUCUGUCUGUGUUCAAGUACUGGCAAAUGACAAAAAAAGAAAAUCAUACAACCGCCACCUAUGUUAUGAAAGGUGUGAAAGAGGGAUCCACUCUCAAGCUACGUUCACACCACCCUCGGCAACACGCAUUUUCAACAAAUUCCCACCUUGCUACGCACAUCUUUAACUUGAGCUCCAUGUACAAAACUUGAAGGUUAAACCAGGUCAAACUUUAACCAAUCAGGUAGUGACGAAUGGAAGUGCAUGGAGUGCCAACUUCAAGGAACUGUUUGAAAAUUGAUUGUAACUGAGGUUUGCUUCUGACUGGAAUUAUAUGACACCAAGUCUUUAUGUAUCAGAAUAGAGCUGUGAGAGAAAAACUCAGGAGCUAGAUUUCCAACUGGUCUUUUCCAACUGGUGGCGGACAUGCGCUAGUAAACAGUAGCAAAAGAAGAAGAGGAAGCCCUUCCCUGCCUAUCCAGUGUGAAUACCAAAUUCUAAAUGCACGUUCAAGAAUGUUGCGUGUUCUUGAACGUAGCUUAAGACCUGGAUUCUUCGGUGAGUGCAGGUCAGCAGGGUGUGGGUACAAGCAAAUAAGCAUAACUGGUUUUAGUUAAUGUUUCACCCUCAUAAUGGGACAGAUUGUGUGUGCUGUGAGUUUGUCUUCUUGCCUAUACUGAGAGAUAUUGAGGGAUUUCCUGAUCUCAAGGCUCUGUGGAGACAUUUUAUCUUUAUCAUAAUCUAAUUUUUAAAUGAGUUGUAAAAAAAAAAAACCUCAAAUUAUUUAUAAACAAUAUGAAUAUAUAGUGGAAGACUCUGGAUACUGGAGAAAAGUCAGUGUUCACAGCAUCAUUGUAGCAUCACAACUCUGCAGCGCAGGCAUGAAGCGUUUGUUGGUAUGAAAGUAGAUAAACAGAUAGAAAGGAUCUAUAAAACGCUCCAACCACUUGAUCAGUUUUUUAGAAAGUAAAAAAAAAGACUAUUUUAAAGAGUCAUCCAGAAAAAGUGUAUAUAACAUAAUGGACCAAUGGACAUCCAGUCCAGGCUGUGACAGUUUUAUACUGAGCAUCUGCUGAAAUACUGCCAGAUAACAUUCCACAUUAAAAAGAAAAAAGAAAAAA